AUGCCUAAUGGUGUAUGUUUAGAAAAUUUAGCUGCAGAUGAAGUUUCAAAAACAAUUGAAAUGGCGUUCCCAUCGAACACCCUCUCGCCGUCAUCGCGCUAUGAUCGGUAUUCUCGCCUCUAUUCGCCGUCCUCAUCUCUUUUCCAAGCUCAUCCUAAUCGGUACUUCGCCAAGAUGAAGAUGCAGAAUUUCUGUAAACAUAUAGAGGAGAAAGCGGACUCGGAAGCAUCUUCAACAACAAAACCUGUAAACGUUGGUGGAGGUACCCGAUGCGGUCAUACUGUCACCUCUGGAGGCCACUAUCUUUUCAUGUUUGGAGGCCAUGGAACCGGUGGUUGGUUGAGUCGCUAUGAUGUUUACUACAAUGACUGUGUUGUUUUAGACAGGGUGUCUAUACAGUGGAAACGCCUUGCAACUAAUACUGAAGUUCCUGAAGGUAUUUAAUAUUUAUUUAUUUAUUUACUUUUCAUAUUUUCAAAGAGAUCAGAAGUAAUUCAAGAGACCCGGAAUGACUUCCAAUCUGAAACAAAGGGAAUGAGUUGAAUGGAAGUGGAGUUGGAACAAGAGUAUCAGCAUCUCAGUAUGCUUUUGACACAAGAACCUUAGCAAACAUAGUUCAAUUUUCGUUCAUUUACAAUUUCUUAUUAAAACAUUAUUUGGAUGAUAUUGUGAAGUAUAAUGUUGUAACAGGAAGAAAUGGAGUAGGAUAUGUUGUGUAAAAUGUUUAUUAAGUUGUCCUAACUUUGGUAAGAAAAGUAAAGCAUUGUAAAGUUUGUUGCUAUUUCCUGUUUUUAAAUAAAUGACU